AUGGCUGCUAUUAUACAAGGAAUUGGUGCUGCUACUGCACUUACUUCACCCAAUUCUUUGGAUAUCAAGAAGUCAUUUUUAUCCAUUUCUCCUAGAUCUUUGUCAGUGAGGAAAGGAAGUUCUUUUGUGGUUAGCUCUGAUGGUCGCUUGAGCUAUGGUUUGAAUGGACGUGGGGGUAGAGCUGAACACUUUAUUACUAAUGCUGUUGCUGCAAAAGAAGAUACUGCAGCAGCUUCUACUUCAUCCAAGCCAGGGCAUGAACUGUUGCUCUUUGAGGCUCUCCGCGAAGGUCUUGAAGAAGAGAUGGACAGAGAUCCCACUGUUUGUGUAAUGGGUGAAGAUGUUGGUCAUUAUGGAGGUUCGUACAAGGUGACUAAAGGCCUUGCCCCAAAAUAUGGUGAUCUCAGGGUUCUUGACACUCCCAUUGCUGAGAACUCUUUCACUGGUAUGGGCAUUGGAGCUGCAAUGACUGGCUUGCGUCCAGUUGUUGAGGGAAUGAACAUGGGAUUUCUUCUUCUAGCUUUCAAUCAGAUAUCUAACAACUGUGGUAUGCUCCACUACACAUCUGGUGGCCAGUUUAAGAUACCAAUCGUCAUCCGAGGUCCUGGUGGAGUGGGUCGACAGCUUGGAGCCGAGCACUCUCAACGCCUUGAGUCAUAUUUCCAGUCUAUUCCUGGAAUCCAGAUGGUUGCCUGUUCAACCCCCUACAAUGCCAAAGGCUUGAUGAAGGCAGCUAUCAGAAGUGAUAACCCUGUGAUUCUUUUUGAGCAUGUGUUGCUCUACAACCUCAAGGAGAGAAUUCCAGACGAAGAGUACGUGUUGAACCUUGAAGAAGCGGAGAUGGUACGGCCCGGGGAGCACGUUACGAUUCUAACUUAUUCCAGAAUGAGGUAUCAUGUGAUGCAGGCCGCAAAAACACUUGUGAACAAAGGUUACGAUCCUGAGGUCAUUGAUAUCAGGUCAUUGAAACCGUUUGACCUUUACACCAUCGGGAAAUCAGUGAAGAAAACUCAUCGCGUGCUCAUUGUUGAGGAAUGUAUGCGUACAGGAGGUAUUGGUGCCAGCUUGACAGCUGCUAUAACCGAGAACUUCCAUGACUAUCUCGAUGCCCCAAUCGUAUGUCUGUCUUCACAGGAUGUGCCAACUCCAUAUGCUGGGACGUUAGAGAACUGGACUGUUGUCCAACCUCCCCAGAUUGUUACUGCAGUUGAACAGCUUUGCCAGUGA